UAAUGGGCUCUGCUGUCCUCUCGUCCAUCUGCCUUGAUGAUAAACACACGGCUACUCAACAUUAGCCUGAUGCGCAUCAAAGCUCUACCUCUCUUUGUUUUCCCACAAACCAUCAGUUUUUACUCUUUUCAGCGGGAGCCGGAGCGCCAAAGACUAAGAUCUAACACGCGGACUAAUUGAUCAGGAGUAUUACGUAAAUGGAAGUCAAGGGAACAAACGAGUAAGAUUCAGGAAGGAUUCUCAGCCGCAGGAUUUCUGUAACUGUGGAGUGAAUCAUUUGGAUGUCUGUUUACUGUCAACGCAUGGGGAGUGCACUCCGUGGGACUGUUUAUAUGUGAGUGACACUAUCCAGCCGGUCACCACCAAACAGUAACCUCAGAAAGAGUUGACAGUCCUGGGGGAGGAUGCCUUCCCUGCACCACGGAACAAUCUUCAUCGGAGCCUUCCUCAUUGUGACGGGAGGAUCCACAGCCUUCCUGGCCUCGUACCAGAGCCGCCUGCAGGCUUUCUCCCUCUGCUGCGUGGUGCUUGGGGUGGUCAUACUUAUCAUGGGGCUAUUUUGGGCUAUGAAUAGCAAAAGUGCUGGAAACUAUAACCACAGAGAGCUCGACCCGGAGUGCCCACAUUAUCCAUACAACGACUACACCAACUACCCAAGUCACCCUCUCUUCACUCCCCCGGGGAGUCGCUUCCCAGAAUCCCAGUCAGUGUUCCUGCCCAGGACGAUGGAACGCCACAGGCAGUACGCUCGUGGUGAGGAUUUUGACUACCCUCCCAUGGACUCCGGCGGUUUUAGCCCAACACCUCACCCUCCCCCGUGGCUUGGCCCCCCUCCUCCCUACGAGGUUGCCAUCAAGACGACAUGCAGCUCCACGCACCUGCGGCGGGCUUACUCAGACACCCAACUGGCAACAGAGCCCCUGUUUGGACAGUCAAGAGAGAUCAGCUUUGAGGUGUGAUGCUGGAAGACUGAGACACCUCACUUCAAAACCAAAGAUAAAUAGGCACAAUACUUUUACUCAGACUCGACAGUGGCUGUCUCCUGACAGCAGCAAACUGUAUCGCUCACUUGAAGCAUGCUUCUUUCUUGGUCCCAGCAUGUGUUCCCUAUGAUUCCUGUAAUUACAAUCCAGGUGUUAGCACACGCCCCAAUAUAUGUUAAAGGGAGAAUCACACCGAGUCCAGCCUUACUUUACCAACUUAGAGCACCAAGACAUUCCAUGUAUUUGUGUUUGUGAGCAACAGUUUUUCUGUGUUCAGAAAACGGCUAAAGUGCACUUGAAAACGGAUGUGAUAACAUUCUUCACCCACAAAUAAAGUAUUCACUUGAUAUCUGACUUGUAAUCCAUACAGG